CAUUGUUUCUAGAUUAUCGUGAAGCAUGGAAUAUCUCGCUUUCUCACAUAUAUUGCCUAUAUAGUGAGAAACUCUAUGAUAGCAAUCUGCGAUACACGCGAUGGAGCAACGCAAUGUGACUGAUUGUUUAUAUUUGCCGCGUUAACGGCGGGCACCUGCAUUUUUGUCCGUGCAACUGUUUAGCAGCCAUGUCGAACAGCAGCGGUAGUGGAAGCAGCGUCGCUGUCUGCGUCGAGGCAUGCCAGGAGUACCAGGUGCAGGAGAUCACCUACGACGGGCAGGAGGUCUACGUGCAGCCAUGUUCCAUGUCGGAGAACCUGACCAAGUUGGCGCAGAAGAUCGACUUUGGCCAAGCAGCGGCAGCCGACGAGCAGCAGUUGGAGAAAGCGUCCUUCCAGCCCUCCCUCUGGCCAUGGGACUCUGUUCGCGCCAAGCUCAGGUCGGCCCUGACAGAGGUGAGCGUGCUGUGUGAUGUGCUGGGCAUUGCCCGCCAGAAGCACUACCUGGUGCUGGACCCGGUCUCUCAGGAACCACCAGAGCACCGACCCGUGGCUGUGCUGGUUGCCAAAAAAAAGGCGCUGGCUGCAGCAGCAGGCGUCCUUCUCACGGGUGCCGAAUGCCUGCGAGGGGCGGCAGCCGAUCCGGGGGGUCUGUCGAGCCCCCGGGGUGCGGGGGGUGCCGCACUGUCGCCGCAGCAGCAGCGCCUGUCCCCCGACUUCCAUGCUGAGCUGCUGCACAUGCGCCAGAACUGGCGGCUGCGCAAAGUAGGCACCACCAUCCUCGGGGACCUGUCCUACCGCAGCGCGGGAUCCCGGUUCUGGCAGAGCGGCACCUUCGAGGUGUCCAAAAGCAGUGAACCCCGGGCUGGCAGCUCCCUGCAGGUGACGCUGCCUUCGGAGCUGGAGGGCAUCUCCUACAUCCAGGUCACCAUCCAGAAAGAUACGGAGACGAUAGCAAGUGGUCAGCUGAGCAUCAACCUGCCGCAGAACGCCUUUUCCAGCCCCGAGACCCACUGGCAGCAGCGUCUGGAGGCUGCGCAGAAUGUGCUCUUCUGCAGGGAGCUCUUUGCUCAGCUGGCGCGGGAGGCAGUCCAGCUGCAGCCGUCCAUCCCCAACCUGGUGGUCGGCAACCAGAUAACCACCGCCCUGUUCCCCGGUGUCCAGCUGUGCAUCGGUCUCUGCCACCGAACACUACAGGACCGCCAGCCUGCCUUGCCACCCUCGCGCCUGGACCACAAGCACGUGUUGGAGCACUCCCUGCAUCAGCUGUUGCGCGAAUACCACUAUGCAUUCCUGCACCAGGGGGCACCCCGACCAGCAUCGGGCCCCGUAGGGGUGCCUCGCAAGCGUCACCUGGCGGGGCCACACGCACACGACCGACAACGCCUCCGUGACUCCCUUCACAGUGAAGCCAUUCUGGAGAAGAUUAUUGCCCAGACACAGCAUGUGGCCCUGCGGUUACGGACCAUGUACGUGAUUGACCAGUUUGCGUCCGAGGUGAAGGACCCCUUGGUCGUGGCUCAUUGGGCCUGCCUUUCCAGCCCCACGCACAACUCCGUCAAAAUCAACGUCCUUUCGCAGGGAUAUGAGACCAUGUGUCGGACUCCACUGGUGAUCCAUGUGGAAGAGCAGCGACUGCGAGCUGUGUGCCGUGACGGCCGUGUCAUCCAGCUCUCGUAUGAACCUCAGGAGCUGCGCUUCCUCCUCAUGGCACAGGUGGCUCAGCACCAGGUGAGCUCCGUGCAGACCCUCGCCAAGUUUGUGGGUUGGAAAGUGCUCUCCACAUGCAAUAACGUGGGUGUGGGCCCCUUGGAGGCAUUGGGAAAUGCCAGCUCUAUCCUCAUGGCAUCACCUACCGGAGACAAGAUGAUAUCCGUGCGGUGCGGUCCCCAGUCCGGUGCCGAGGUGUGCGUGUCAUGCUCACCCCAGCAGCAAGACUUCUAUCCGUCGACGUUGGUGCGCGACCGCAAGUGGCACAACCUGAGUGGUGCCUUCCGCGAAGUCUGCCUGGCACGCAUGCAGGGACGCUCGUUCCUUUCCAAGAUGGAGCACCUCAUGGCUGCACUCACAACCUGACGACAAUAAACGCCCCUUUCACACGCA